AUGAAGUAUAGCCGAAAAAAUGAAGAUCCAGCCCCACAGAACAGGAAGUCAUUUAGUACUUCUCAACGGCUGCUCGAUGACCUAAACGAAGAUUUUUCGAAUGAUGGCUGUAGUCCGGAAGAGACGACGAGUGUCGAUAAGACCGACCAAGAGAGUGCCAAAUUCCUGGACCAAAGUCAAGCUGCCGCCGAGGACUCUACAUCAUUGUCGAAUCCAGAAAAUCAAGGAACAGAGCCUAAACGAGUUUCUGUCAAGAAUGAACGCCAUUAUCUGGUCCUUUUCUUCGUCUUCCAUCUGCCCUCCAUGACCAUUACCUUCAUCCUCUCCGGAAUCUAUCUUGUGGGUUAUCAGUGGACGGCGGAUUCCGGUCAAAUCAACGCUUUACUCUUCGCAGCCAAAUUACAUGACGCCCUUAUGAUCGCAUCCCUGUCAAACAUAUUGUUUCAUCGAAUCCGGCAUAACCUCCUGAUAACCAGGGGAUACUCCACCCGGGGCAUCUUGUUCGGCCUUCUCAUUGCCCCUUUCCAGGUCACCAAUCCUCUUUUUCUCAUUGGGAGGCCUUUUGUUGCAUCAAUCAAGUAUGCAUUUGCCUCUCCUACUGAGCUUACAACGAACCUUCUGGUCAUUAUUGUCUUCAUCUUGGCCGCGUUAUCGGCGCCAUGUUCGAGUAUCGUCUUGCUGCCGCGGUAUAAUUGGUGGCCCUUACCAGAAAAUCACCAGCUUCCCAGCUAUUCGGACCAAAGCACCGCAGCUUAUUGGAUAUUAGCGCUUCGUUCGAGCAGUUAUUUCCUAUUCACGUCGACGAGACAAUGUCUCCAAAUUAUCUCUGGUACGAAGGCGGAUCCGCACGCCGAACAUUCUCCACUCAGUUUCGCAAUAUGCUCAGUGGACUGA